AUGGGUAGCCAUAACCGGACCCAAAAGGUUGUUGUUGGGAUCACCUCUGCCAUAACCAAACCCACAAAUAAAAUUGUUGUUUGUCAUGAAACUGGACAUUUCUGGCAUAGUAAAUCCACUUCCUCUGUCGGAAUUAUCGGUGUCGCCGCCGCCGGAAUUGUUGUUGGCGCCGCUGCCUCCACGACCGCCGGAAUAGGUAUUAUUCUUAAAACGCCUCUGCAGUGGCCGCUCAAUAAGGGCUUUUCUUUUUCCUGUUGGCUCAGGAUUGAGAACUUCCCUAGAAAUGGAACAAUGGGUCUUUUCGGUUUUCUUACAGAAAAUGGAAGAGGUUCAUUGGCUGUGAUCUCAAAGGAGAAGCUCAUUUAUGAGUCAAUCAACCUGAAGAGACAGCGUUCAGACCUGCACGUUAAUUUAGUCAGAAGGAGAUGGCAUUUUCUUUGCAUAACUCAUAGCAUUGGAAGAGCAUUUUCUGCAGGUAGCUUGUUGAGAUGUUACUUGGAUGGUGAUCUUGUCUCAUCUGAAAGAUGCAGGUAUGCAAAAAUCAGUGAACCAUUAACUAGUUGCAUGAUUGGUGCUAAACUUAAGAUGCCUCACUAUGAAGACAGCACUCUCACUUUUGAAUCCAUCCGUGAUUCAUGCCCAUUUUUUGGCCAAAUUGGUCCUGUGUAUUUAUUCAAUGAUGCCAUUUCAUCUGAACAAGUACAGAGCAUCUACUCUCUAGGGCCAAGUUACAUGUACUCAUUUCAUGAUAAUGAAGCUUUACCACUUUCUGGUGAUAAAAUACCUAGUGGGAUUCUUGAUGCCAAAGAUGGUCUUGCAUCAAGAAUUAUCUUUGGACUCAAUGCUCAGGCAAGUGUUGGUAGAAUGUUGUUUAAUGUUUCACCGAUAAUGAGUCAUGCAUUAGAUAAGAAUUCUUUUGAAGCUUCUGUAAUUGGUGGGACUCAAUUAUGCUCAAGACGCAUGCUGCAGCAAAUAAUAUAUUGUGUUGGUGGCGUAUCUGUGCUUUUCCCUCUAAUCACACACUGUUGCAAUAUUGAAAAUGAAGUUGGGGAAUUUGAAAAGACAGCUUUAAUGCGGUCAACGAGGAAGUGUGUGAUGGGUCAAGUUAUUGAGCUUAUUGCCUCUCUUUUAGAUGAGAAUGUAGCAAAUCAACAGCAGAUGCACAUUGUGUCUGGAUUUUCAGUCCUGGGAUUCUUGUUACAAUCGGUUCCUCCACAACCACUUAAUCUAGAAACUCUUUCUGCUUUGAAGCAUCUUUUUAAUGUUGUCUCUAACUCAGGGCUGGCAGAGUUGCUUGUGGAAGAGGCUAUAUCUAGCAUUUUUCUUAAUCCUCUUAUCUGGGUCUACACUAUUUACAAAGUACAACGUGAACUGUACAUGUUUCUGAUCCAGCAAUUUGACAAUGAUCCUAGAUUACUUAAAAGUUUAUGCCGACUUCCACGUGUUCUUGAUAUAAUUCACCAAUUCUAUUGUGAUAAUGUAAAUUCUCGAUUAUCUGUUGGAAAUAACCUUCUCCAACAUCCUGCAAGCAAAAAAGUUAUAGGGGAAAGGCCUAGUAAAGAAGAAAUGCACAAGAUCCGUCUUCUUUUGUUGAGUCUUGGUGAAAUGAGUCUCAGGCAGAAUAUUGCUGCUGGAGACAUAAAAGCUCUCAUAGCAUUUUUUGAGACAAGUCAGGAUAUGUCCUGUAUUGAAGAUGUCUUACACAUGAUUAUUCGCGCUGUUUCUCAGAAAUCUCUACUUGCUUCUUUCCUUGAACAAGUUAAUAUCGUCAAUGGUUGUCAGGUUUUUGUUAACCUUCUCCAGAGGGAGUGUGAGUCUAUCCGAUUGCUGAGCUUACAGUUCCUUGGGAGGCUUUUGGUUGGCCUACCGUCUGAAAAGAAGGGGUCAAGAUUCUUCAGUAUCCCAACGGGAAGAUCCAAAUCUAUUUCAGAAGAACAUAGGAAAAUCAGAAUGCAACCAAUUUUGUUAGCUAUAUCUGAUAGACUUUUCAGCUUUCCGCAGACAGAAAAUCUUUGUGCUACUUUAUUUGAUGUUCUUCUUGGUGGUGCUAGCCCCAAACAGGUUUUACAAAGACACAGCCACCUUGAGAGGGUAAGAAGCAAGGGAAGUAGCUCUCAUUUUUUACUUCCUCAGAUGUUGCCUCUGAUUUUUAGAUAUUUGUCUGGCUGUGAGGAUACAUCUGCAAGAAUAAAAAUAAUCAGAGAUAUACUUGACCUUCUUGAUUCAAAUGCUUCAAAUAUUGAAGCUUUUAUGGAAUAUGGGUGGAAUGCUUGGCUAGCAUCUUCUCUAAAGCUUGGUGUGUUAAAGGACAAAAAUGUCAAGUUACAUAAUCAUGGUGGCUGGCAGCAGUUGGAAGAAACAGUCAAUUUCCUUGUUAUGCACCCUGAGGAGGGUGGAAAUUCAUAUCAGUUCUUUCUCCGUGAUAUAUAUGAAGAUGUGAUUCAAAAUUUGGUGGAUUUGUCAGCUGCGGACAAUAUUUUCAUUUCACAACCCUGUCGAGACAAUACACUGUACCUUUUGAAAUUGAUUGAUGAGAUGCUGAUCUCCGAAAUUGAUAAAGAACUCCCGCUCCUUGGAAGUGAAUCUGAUUUUCACCUUGAUUUGGAAAUGGAAUGUCACAAGGAGUACAGUUCUGCCUUGAAAGAUGUGUUGAUAGGAGAAGCCGAUGAACAAACAUCUAGAAAAUCACAAAAUUUUAAGCAGCUAAUACCAUGUGAGGAUUCAAUUGAAGAUAAAUGGUGGAAUCUCUAUGACAAUUUGUGGGUUAUUAUUAGCAAAAUGAAUUGCAAGGGACCCAGUGGUGCGUUACCUAAAUCGACGUCAUUUGCAGGACCAUCUCUUGGUCAAAGGGCCCGUGGUUUAGUUGAGUCGUUAAACAUUCCUGCUGCCGAAGUGGCUGCAGUCGUUGUAUCUGGAGGGAUAGAAAAGGCAUCACGGUGUGUCCAACAGUUCACCUCACUUUUACCCUGCCUUUUAACUGCUGAUGAUGAGCAAAGCAAGAGUAGGCUGCAACUUAUCAUCUGGGUACUGCUUUUUGUUAGGUCACAGUAUGGAAUGUUGGACGAUGGUGCUCGUUUUCAUCUUUUAUCACAUUUGAUCCGUGAGACUGUUAAUAUUGGAAAAUCAAUUCUUGCUACUAGCCUUGUGAACCGCGAUGACACUUUGGAGCCAAACUACAAUUCAAAAGAUGCGGGAUCCAUUCAAAAUUUAAUUCAAAAGGAUCGAGUUCUGGCAGCAAUCAGCGAUGAAGCUAAUUAUACAAAGAUAUCAAAAAUUGACCGCUCUCAGCAGAUACAGGAACUUCAUUGUAGAAUAGAUGAAAACAGCUUGGCAGAAUCCACUAGUAAGCAAGCUCUAGAAGAUGAAAUCCAGAAUAGCUUGAACUCAAUCCUAUCUUCAGAUGAUAGCAGAAGAGCUGAAUUCCAGCUUACCUAUGAGGAGGAGCAGCAAAACGUUGCUGAAAAAUGGAUACACAUGUUUCGAUCAUUAAUUGAUGAGAGAGGUCCAUGGUCUACGAAUCCUUUUCCAAAUAGUGUUGUGACACACUGGAAACUUGACAAGACAGAAGACACACAGCGAAGGAGGCCAAAACUAAGGCAAAGUUAUCAUUUUGAUGAAAAUCUCUGUAAUCCUGUUUCUGCUACUGCUAGCGGAUUUGCUAGUCCUGUUAAUGAAAGUAAUCCUGGUUUUGUGGGUAAUAUACCUGAACAAAUGAAGCAGCUCUUGCUGAAAGGGAUAAGAAAAAUAACUGACGAGGGAACCUUUGACACCAAUGAAACCAAUGCUGAAAUCAGUGGACCUAAUACAUCAAUUCCCUCUGAUCAUUCAGACUGCCAAUCUUCUGACCUACUAAAGGAUACCAGUGACAGAAAGGAUAUUAUUGUGCAUGAACGAAGAGACACUCCCUCUCCACCUGAGACAGAAGCCAGCGAGGUGCUUGUGUCAAUUCCAUGUGUUCUUGUGACUCCUAAGAGAAAAUUAGCUGGUCAUUUGGCAGUCAUGAAAAAUGUUUUGCAUUUCUUUGCCCAAUUCUUAGUAGAAGGUACUGGUGGAUCAUCUGUUUUUAGAAACUUUGAUGCCAGUAAUUCUGAUAUGACCAAGUCUGUUCAAAAGCAAAGAUCAAUGAAGUGGCCUUCUUCUGAUAUGGAUCUUCAGAAGGGAAUUACAAUCGGUAAUGUAGAGGUAAUAAAUGGAAAUGGGCCUGUUAAAUUUAUGAGAUGUGUUAAACGCCAUCGAAGAUGGAGCAUGGCUAAGAUAAAAGCUGUUCAUUGGACCCGAUAUUUGCUCAGAUAUACAGCAAUAGAGAUUUUCUUCAGUGAUUCAGUUUCCCCAGUAUUUCUGAACUUUGCCUCACAGAAGGAUGCAAAAGAUAUAGGAAACUUGAUAGUUGCUACCAGAAAUGAAUAUUUAUUUCCCAAAGGAAGUGGAAGGGACAAGAGCGGAGCUAUAAAUUUUGUUGAUCGACGAGUGGCACAGGAAAUGGCAGAAACUGCCAGAGAAAGCUGGAGGAGAAGGGAUAUAACAAACUUUGAAUAUUUGAUGAUUCUCAACACACUUGCGGGAAGAUCUUAUAAUGAUUUGACCCAAUAUCCUGUUUUUCCUUGGGUCUUGGCCGAUUACACGUCAGAAGUUCUUGAUUACAAUAGAUCAUCUACAUUUCGAGAUCUGUCAAAGCCUGUUGGAGCACUUGAUACCAAACGAUUUGAGGUGUUUGAAGAUAGAUACCGUAACUUCUGUGAUCCUGAUAUUCCCAGCUUCUACUAUGGAUCUCAUUACUCAAGUAUGGGCAUUGUGCUUUAUUACCUUCUUAGAUUGGAGCCUUUUACCUCCCUUCACCGUAAUCUGCAGGGGGGUAAAUUUGAUCACGCUGACAGACUUUUUCAAAGCAUAGAGGGCACAUUCAGAAAUUGCCUUACAAAUACCAGUGAUGUGAAGGAGUUAAUACCCGAGUUCUUUUACAUGCCUGAGUUUCUCUUAAAUUCAAACUCUUAUCAUCUAGGAGUUAGACAGGAUGGCGAACCUAUUGGGGAUGUUUUCCUCCCUCCAUGGUCGAAGGGUUCUCCUGAAGAAUUUAUUAGGAGAAACCGGGAGGCCCUUGAAAGUGAAUAUGUCAGUUCAAAUCUUCAUCACUGGAUAGAUUUGGUAUUUGGAUACAAGCAACGUGGCAAACCUGCUGUAGAGGCAGCAAACAUAUUCUACUACUUAACUUAUGAAGGAGCUGUUGAUCUUGAAACGACGGAAGAUGAUAUGCAAAGAGCUGCUAUAGAAGACCAAAUAGCCAACUUUGGUCAGACCCCAAUUCAGAUGUUUCGCAAGAAACACCCAAGAAGAGGGCCACCAAUUCCAAUUGCACGUCCUCUGUAUUUCGCUCCUGAUUCCAUUAGUUUGACUUCCAUUGUUUCUAAUACUAGUCAUUCUUCAUCAGCUAUACUGUAUGUUGGUCUAAUGGACUCAAAUGUUAUCCUUGUGAACGAGGGUCUCAACUUAUCUGUUAAGACGUGGUUAUCAACUCAACUGCAAUCUGGUGGAAAUUUUACAUUUUCUGGUUCACAGGAUCUUUUCUUUGGAGUUGGUUCCGAAUUGCUUUCACCGCGUAAAAUUGGUAUUCCUGUUCCUGAACAUGUUGAACAUGGAGAACAAUGUUUUGCAACAAUGCAGACGCCCUCCGAGAAUUUCUUAAUAUCAUGUGGCAAUUGGGAAAAUAGUUUCCAGGUGAUAUCAUUAAGCGAUGGCAGAAUGGUGCAAAGUAUUCGACAGCAUAAGGAUGUGGUGAGCUGUAUUGCAGUUACAUCUGAUGGGAGUAUCCUUGCAACUGGAAGUUACGAUACCACAGUGAUGGUUUGGGAAGUUUUUCGUGGUAAAACAGAAAAGAGAAUUCGGAACAGUCAGUCUGAGUUACCUCGUAAGAACACCGUCAUAAUUGAAACUCCAUGUCAUAUCCUUUGUGGCCAUGAUGAUAUAAUAACUUGCUUAUAUGUUAGUCAUGAGCUGGAUAUCAUAAUUAGUGGAUCAAAAGAUGGAACAUGUGUAUUCCAUACCUUGCGCGAAGGUAGAUAUGUCAGGUCCUUACGGCAUCCAUCAGGCAGUCCUAUAUCAAAACUAGUUGUCUCUCAGCAUGGUCAGAUUGUUAUUUAUGCUGAUGAUGAUCUUAGUUUGCACCUGUACUCUAUAAAUGGAAAACACCUUGCUGCCUCCGAGUCUAAUGGGCGUCUCAACACUAUUCAGUUGAGCAAAUGUGGCACAAAAGAUGGGAGCCUCCUUGUGUAUUCGAUAGAAAAUCCCCAGCUUCGGAAAAUAAACCAAAGCAAAAAUAUGAAAUCAAAAACUUAA